AUGUUCACGUCAGCGGUGUCCACUUCAAUGUCACGCGUCUCCAACUUGUUUGGCCGAAAUGAGAUGUACCAGGAGCAAACCGACUUCUUCAAUGAUGACAAUCAGAUUUGGACAGCCCAAGAAAGCGAACGAAGGACGUCCGGUGACAAAUUGGGACCAUGGAGCCGGGCAGAGGCCGAGACGCAAGCAGCAAAUGUUAAAGCCUUACUGCAAGACCAGCUGCGCCGAGAAAAACCUUUGAGUGAGGCAUCCAACAGCCCGCAACCACAAGCAGCGCAAGAACGCUCUGAAAAACGGCGAAGUCGACGUCGAGAUUCGGGAGGAGGACACGCUGCUUUUGACUUUCCUCAAGAUUGGCUUUCGCCGAAGAGUGCUGAGCGAGAUGUUUGGCCUCCAGUUGGGACAUCGACAUCUCGCUCACCGCAACCGACAAAUGCAUGGCCAGCGGCUGUUGAGGUGCUGGCUCACGAUGAGAGAUUGCAGGAGAGAAAGUCUGGCAGGCGCGGAAACAGUGGAAGGCAUGAGGCUGGUCACGCUGGUUCUGGCCAGUUUGAUGAGGCAAUCUUGGCUGCUUUGACUGCCUUACCACGGAACUCCUUAAUCGAUGUGCUCAGGAGACUUGGCGAUCAAAGACCAGAGGAGGUUUGCGCUGCGCUUGGCAAUGUGGCAAAUCGAAAGGAGCAAUCGGAGCAGACAUCACCAGCCACGACUGCCACAGGUGCAACUAAUCCGUUGCUGUCACCUCCCAAGUCAGAGGUGACGCGGGGUAUUUCCAGCAGCAACUGCAGCCCGGUGUCUGCGCCGGCGAAGAUGCAACCCCAAUCGGAGGCUGCAUCUGAGCAAGAUCCCAGAGUAUCUUUAUCAGUGGCAGACAUGGUUGCUGCUGCAGCUGAUGCAGCAGACGGAUCACCAGCUUUGUCUCAAGGUUGGCCUGCUGAUGCUUCUUCAGUGUGGCCGAGGUCAGAUUUGUGGCCUUCACAGCUCCCCUGGCCAUCGGAGGCAGGCGACUUGAGGCGCACGGAGGAGGCCAUCCCGGUGAACGCAGUGCGAUGUUAA